CUUUACUAAUUUUUCAAAGUAUAUGAAGAUGAUACAUCAAUUUACUAUUUAUUCAACAAACAUUUUUUUUUCCUCUAUAUAUUCUCUCAUUUGCCUCCAUUUUCUUCUCUUCAAACCAAAGAUUCCAUUCUAUAAUUUCUCUAUAAUCCAUUUUCAUUUUUCAAAUGGGUGAGAAAAAAGAAGAAACUAAAGCAGAGGUAGCAGAGAAGAAGAAUGACGCCGGAGAAAAAAAGUCCGGCGCCGGUGACGCCGCCGGGAAAAAGGAUGCCGGUCCCACCGCCAUAGUUUUAAAUCUCGAUUUGCAUUGUGAAGGCUGUGCCAAAAAAGUCAAACGUUUCAUUCGCCAUUUCGAAGGUGUGGAGGAUGUGAAGACAGAUUGUGACGGUGGAAAAUUGACGGUGAAAGGGAACGUGGACCCGGCAUGGCUCCGGGAGAAAGUAGCGAUGAAGACGAAGAAGACGGUGGUGCUCGUCUCACCUCAGCCCAAAAAGGACGCCGGCGCCGGCGCCGGAGAUAAAAAGCCCGAUGAGAAAAAGGCAGAAGAGAAAAAACCCGAAGAUAAGAAGCCCAAAGAGCCACAAGUAAGUACAGUGGUGUUGAAGAUUCGAUUGCAUUGUGAUGGAUGUGCACACAAAAUAAAGAGAAUUAUAAAGAAAAUUGAUGGGGUAGAAGAAGUCAAAGUAGAUUCGGAAAAAGAUUUGGUCACGGUAAAGGGUACAAUGGACUUAAAGGAAUUAAUUCCCUAUUUGAAAGAUAAAUUGAAAAGAAAUGUAGAAAUUGUCCCACCUAAGAAAGAUGAUGGAGGUGGCGAAAAGAAAGAAGGUGGUGGCGGUGGUGGUGGCGGAGAGAAGAAAGAGAAAGAAGGGGGCGGUGAUAAGAAAGUCGAGAGUAAUGAGAAAAAAGAGGGUGAACCAAAACCCGAAGGAAGUAAAGGUGUGGAGACAAAGUCUGAAGCGAACAAAUUAGAGUAUUAUGGUUACAAUGCACAAACACAUUACGCCACGCCUAUGUACAACCAAAGUUACAUGAAUCAAGACUAUGGUGUAACAAUGUACGAUCCCGGUUACAACGCUCAUACGGGCUAUGCCAUGGAGUAUGGCUACCACCAACCGUCAUAUGUACCACCUCCUCCACCAACGACAUACUUGAACAACGCACAAAUGUUCAGUGAUGAGAAUCCUAAUGGUUGUUCUGUCAUGUGAUUCACAUGACAGAUCAUCCGAUCAUCAAUCAAUCAUCUCGUUGAGGGAGAGAGUUCAAGUGAAAUUGUAAAUACAUCAAAUCAAUAGUCUCAUCAAGGAAAUGUCUCAAUAUCUAAAGAUAACACAAUGAAUUGUAAUUUACAAGUUCUAGUG